UCAAUAGGAUGGCGAACUAUCGAAGCAUUGGUCCGGUACAUCUGACCAGGCUGUAAUAAAGAAACGCGUGUUAGAGGAAUAUUGAAAGAGUCAUUGGAUAAAUAUAUCGAUGAGUCUUCUGCAGAGUGUUUUUUUGCAUGAGACAUUGGUAAAAACGUCAAUUUUGUACGAGGCAAGGGCUCCCCAGUGUCCAGGACGCAAUGUGAGACAUCAGAGCAAUGACAUUGAUUUGGAAUGGCACCGCUGAACUGAGACCGCUCCCUUCACUCCCUUGAAAGCCCCCCAACAUGUUAAAGACCGAGGCCUCAUCGUCGGAGAGGACGACUCUUCGGAGCGCGUCCCCUCACCGGAACGCCUACAGGGCCGAGUUCCAGGCCCUGAAGAAGGCCUUCGACCAGCCUCGUCAUGAUGAUGACCCAUCCAAGCAGAAGGACCCAGAGCGCGUGCGGCAGCCGCGCGGCCGGCAAUAUGGCGCCCACGUCAGCCGCAUCAAGGACAUCUUCAUGCAGUUGGGCACGGAGGGCACCACCAGGGCGCGCAAAGGCGGCGGCGGCGGCGACAGCAGCACAUCCCCGCAGAAGCUCGCCAAGCCCACCAACUUUGGCAACCGCGCCGACGGCACAGUCAUCAAGCUCCAGCAUGCUGGCUCCGUCGACCGCGCCAAGUUCUCUGAGACCAGGAAGCUGUUUGAGCAGAGUUCCCGGGACACGUCGCAGUCCCCCGUCUCGUCCUUUGGCGGUGGCAGGGACAGGCGAGGCGGCUCGCACGAGCACCUGGAUGACUGGCGGGGUGCGCGCUCCAACCGCGGCAGCACAGACUCCCUGGACUCGCUGUGCUCCCGAAACGAGGCCUCCUCGCCCACCGUCAGCCAGCUGAGCGCCGUCUUCGAGAAUGCCGAUCGCCACCAGCCGCACGGGCCCGGAACAUUCCUGCGGCGAAGCCAGAGCGCCGGCCGAGCUCUCUGCUCACCUGAUGGCCAGCACCUGAGCGAAGAUGACAGCAGCCUGCGGCAGUCACCGGUGCGCGGCGUCUACCGGACCCGGAUUGGCGGCGGCGGUGGCGGAAAACUGCCCGUCUCGUCCUCCGCAGAGGACCUGCUCACUCAGAGCCCCUUGGCUGAUACGAAGCUUCUGGAUCGAGAGGGGAGGCUGGGCCAGAAGAUCGAGGAGGUGGCUAAGGAGGCCGAGGAGCUCGACCAGAAGAAACACGAGGUCGACGGAGUAGCCAACGAGAAGCUAACAGACGGCGAACAGACUACGGGGAACGGCGAAGCUACUCCUCGUGUGGGCUCCCCUCAGCCGAACGAAAAGGCCACAGAGGAGGAAACUCCAACAGGAAGUCCAACAGCGAAGUCCAGGAAGCCCAAGGACGACGAGGACAAGAUGACUGUGGAGAACCACAACCACGAGGAGGAGGAGGGGGAGGAAGAGGACGAGGAAAAGAGGCUGACGUCGGGGAUUUCCGAGGAGAUAGCAGAAGAGGCCGAUGAGGAAUACUGCGGGAACGAGCGGGUGAUUUUCAAUGCGGAUGGGGACGCUUGCUACCAGGGCUGGGGUGAGAGCUGCACAGACGACGAUGUGGAUGACGACGCGACGUACGACCCUGGGUCAGAGCUCACGGAGAUCCCCGGCCUGCCCGAGGAGGUCCAGGAGGAGGUGCCUCAUGGGAGGAAAAUACGAUUCAGCACCUCGCCAAUGACG